CGCCGUUCAUUUCUGGUGUUGCUGUUAUGGUGUGCUCUUCUUGCAACUUAAAGCAAGUGUUGAAUUAAGUGAAUAAUAUAAAAUAUUUUUAAUAUUUAAUUUUAUUUUAAUCAUCAUGGAUUAUAAAGACGAACAACUCAACGAGAUCGAAGCUUUGGAGUCAAUUUAUUGUGGAGAAUUGGAAGUUUUAGCAACAGAACCAUUUUAUACAUUUUCCAUACCAAUUAAAACUGAGGAAUAUGAAUCGGGUACUGAAAAUGGUCUCAGUUGUUGUUUACAAUUUACAUAUACUGAAAAAUAUCCAGAUGAACCACUCUUAAUAUCAAUUGAAGAACCUGAAAACUUCGAGGAAGAAAGUAGUGAAAAAUUGAAAAAACAUUUAAUAGAACAAAUGAGUGAAAAUCUUGGAAUGGUUAUGGUAUUUACUUUAGUUAGUGCUGCUCAAGAAUGGCUUAACGUACAAUGGGAUAAAAUUAAAUUAAACCGGGAAGAAUGUGAAGCCCAAAAACUUAGAGAAGAAGAAGAAGCGGAAAGAAGAAAGUUUGAGGGUACACGAGUUACGGUUGAAACAUUUUUAUGUUGGAAAGAAAAAUUUGAUGAAGAAAUGGGAUAUACGAAAAGAAGAGAAAUAGCUGAACGCGAAGGAAAAAAAUUAACUGGUAGAGAAUUGUUCAUGACAGAUAAGACGUUAGAUCAAUCGGAUUUGAAAUUCUUAGAUGAUGAUUCCGUUAAAGUAGACGAAAGUUUAUUUCAAAAUUUAGAUGAUUUAGAUUUAGAAGAUGAGGACGACGAUGAUGCUGAUUAUGAACCAAAUGUUUCUGAUGAUAGUGCCUAAAUAAAUCUACUAAAAUUUUA